AAGAUUUUGCUUCGUGCGACUUUGCGAACAUUAUGGAGUCGGAGGCAGAGCCGGAGCCAGAACCAGGAAACUUAGCUGUUCUUCCGCCCAAUCACCCUCUCUUGCAAAAGUUUCAAGAAUCCCUAAAAGAACAUCUUCUACGUACCAAACGAAAGCUAGACAACGAGAUUGCCGAUUUAAAAUACGAAGUCAAAGCCAAAGAACAACGCCGAGAAGAACAAGGAUUGAGUCUCUAUGAAAUGCAACAAAAACUGGCUUUUCAGGAAGAACAAAUAAAAGAAAUUUCAACGCAAAUAGAUGAGUAUAUAGAGAAGCGCCAAUCAGAGGAGGCUACCGUUGCAACCUUAAAGAAGGAAUACGAGGAAAAUGUUAUACUGACCAAGUCACAAAAGGAGUCUUAUCAUAAGCAAAUGGUAGAACUCGAAGAUUUGCAAGGCCUUAACAGCAAUAUUAAGAAAUGGACAUAUGAAGUCGAAGAUGAAGUGAAGAACGCAAAACGAAUUGUUAGCAGAGAUGGACAGUUACAAAAGCAGUUAUCAGAAGAGAAAAGGAAAUCUGAUAUACUAUUCUACCGUUUAGAUAUGGAGGUUAAGAAAAGGGAGGUCGAGUUGCAAAAUAUUAUCGACGAAGAAGCAGAAAUGAGGGAAGUGGUCAACAUAAGUUAUAUGAGCAUUGCUGAUGCCAACACCGAUUUAGAAGCACUUCAAAAUGAGUACAAGAGGCUUUCGCAAGCGUGGAAUGAGGUUAUUAUUGCCAUACAACUCAGGGACAAAAUGUUGUUCCAGGUGCAAGACACUAUUGGGAAACAUAAAGAGUCCAUUAAACUGAGUUCAUCAGGCAUCGAAGCAGUAAGAAAGCAAAUCGCAAAAGAACUAGAGCAGAAUCUUAAGCUUGAAGCAUUUAAGCAGAGAUUGGCCGAUGAUACAAACUCUCUAAGGCGCGAGUGUCAGAAAGAAGCCGAUUUACUUUCGACUCUUCAAACAAAACUUGAUGAACUGCCAGAAUUUUUAUCCAGAACAGAAAAGGACUUACAAGAAGCAAAUAGAGAAGGCACGAAGCUGUGGUCUGAAAUUCGAAGACUUGACCUUACUCUGGAAAAAUACUACCAGAAGAAAUUUCAAAUAGAAGAGUGCAUUCUUAAGUUGGCUCAAGAACAUUUAAUUACUGACAAAGCCAGUGCAUAUCGGCUCAAACUUUUAAACAAGGCGCAAGAGGAUCGACGGAAAGUCGAUUUGUCCUUGUCGAAGGGACAAAACCAAUUAGCGUCGGCAAUGCUAGAUGUAGAAAAACUGCGAGGUGUUCUUUUUAAAAUCACAAACGAAAAUGGUAAAAUUAAGAAAGAUUUGGACAAGGCGGAAAACGAAUCGGAAACUCUCGAUAACAACUUAAAAAAAAUGCAAACACAGAUUGAAAUUAAGAUGAAACGUUUCGAGAAGCUAAGUAACCAAAUUGAAGAAAUUUUUAAGGCUUGUGGUGAAGUCUUAAGUAGUCCUACAGAACUCAAGAUCAAGCAAAUAGAAAAAUCAAUUCAUACUGGUGAACAGAACAUACGAGAGCAUCAACAGUUUUGGAUAAUGUUGCAAAAUCAUUUUGUUAAUUUAUCCCAAAAACGAAAUGAUCAGUUGACUGAAAUUCAAGUAACUCGCAAACAGCUAUCAAUAAUAAAACAAAAAUCACUUAAAAUUGAACAAGACUUGGAAAUAUCGGAAAAUAAAACAAAGAACUUAAAACAAGAUAUUCAAAAAUUUACGUCUAAAUUGGAACUUCUCAACGACAAGAUCUACAAGAAACAGCUAUCCCAUGAAAAUGAAGAAACUGAAUAUGCACAUGAACAGUCGGAAAUGAGCCAAAAACUCAAGAAUUCUGAACUUGGUAUUAUAAAAGUUGAGGGGGAUAUCAAUGAUCUCCUAGCCGAAAUAGAUCUUCACAAGGACUUGGUUCUUGAUAACCAUCGGGAAGCCUUGUCAUGGGAAACUAAAUACAAGUUGAUAGAAGAAACAAUCCGUUGGUCAAAAACAGAGCGAUCAUUAAGCGGUGAAGUUGGAGCAAUGAAAAUCGAAAUACACAGAAUGCAUAUACGAUAUAAUCAGUUAAAGCGCGCACAAGAAAAGUUAGUUCAAGAUUUGCAACACUGUGUUAUGCACAGAGAGCAAAUCUUUGUGGAUGCUACGGUUAAGGAGCAUAUAGACGCCAAAAUGAGAAAACUUAAAAACUUCUCACAGGUCCAAGUAAAGCUAGAUGAGCUACGAAACAAAGCAAAGUUGGUUCAAAAUGAAAUAACGCACCUAUCGAGUAAGCGUUUAACUGACGCUGUCAAUAACAUCGAACGCAUGAUUUAUAUUCUUCGAAAGAUUCAAACUGAUUUAAAGGAUGUUACUGAAGAGGAUUAUUCAAUUCGAACUCAAAUAGAUGAAGGUCUCUUGCUAAAGCACUCCAAUUUGGAACAAAUAAUUCGGAAGCAGAAUCGAGCUAAGGCUUAUCGAAGACUAAAUAACACAAAAACUCAACAGAAACUAAUUCGAUCAGACUUGGCAAUUCAAAAUCAAGCUCAAAAGCAAAGCGUAAUAAAUGACACUUUAAUGGAAAUAGUUCAGACGUUAAUGUCAGAUUAUCCAGAAAAAAAAUCUUUCUUUACCAAAGUAAUCCAUAUUCUUAAGGAGUAAGUAUUCUAUACAUUCGUAAAAUUUACCUGGAAUUUAAAUAAAAUCAUUGUGG